GGCGGGGCCAGAGGCCGGACCGGUCGGGGUCUGAGCCUCAGUGGGCGAUGGUAUAGUGGGUCUUAGACCUUUGCUUUCACCGCCCCCUUCCCCGCCCCUCGCCGGCAUACAAUGACAGGACAGAUUUACAGAUCGUGUUUGGGCACCAUGGAACCUUUAGGUUCUACUUUAACAGCAACUUACGCCCAUCCUCCACCAACACCAACCAGCUUUCUACCAGCCAUUAGUACUUUGGCAUCAAGCUAUAGGAACCGCUUUCCCCAUCUCAAUUUGACCCACAGCUUGAGCCUUCCUUGGAGACCCAGCACAUACUACAAAGUGGCCUCCGACUUUCCGACCUUGGCCCCAUACAGCACCAGAGCUCAGAGGCUGUCCGAGAGCGCCAUGCUUCCCUUUGUUUCCAACAGAACCACUCUCUUUACAAGAUAUACUGCUGAUGAUUGGUACAGGUCCAAUUUAACCAACUUCCAAGAGUCUAAUACUUCCCGGCAUAAUUCUGAGAGAUUCAGAGUAGAUACAUCUCGCCUUAUUCAAGACAAGUAUCAACAAACAAGAAAAACCCAGGCAGAGUCAACCCAAAAUUUGGGAGAACGUGUCAAUGAUAUAGGAUUUUGGAAAUCUGAAAUCACUCAUGAGUUGGAUGAAAUGAUUGGAGAGACAAACGCACUUACUGAUGUUAAGAAAAGAUUGGAGAGGGCUUUGGUGGAGACUGAAGCCCCUCUUCAGGUUGCCCGAGAAUGUCUCUUUCAUCGAGAGAAGAGAAUGGGAAUUGAUCUAGUUCAUGAUGAAGUUGAGAAACAACUGCUGACGGAAGUUGAUGUUAUUCUAUGUUGUCAAGAAAGAAUGAAGCUACAUUUGGAUAAGGCUAUUGCCCAACUUGCAGCUAAUAGAGCUGCCCAGCAUGAGCUGGAGAAGGACCUAAGUGAUAAACAAGCAGCUUACCGGAUCGAUGAUAAAUGCCAUCACCUGCGCAACACUUCAGAGGGCGUCAGCUUCUUCCGUGGAGUGGAGAAAGUGGAUGCAACGGUCUCAGUGCCUGAGUCCUGGGCCAAAUUUACAGAUGACAAUAUUCUCCGCUCUCAGUGUGAACGGGCAGCUUCUGCCAAACUAAGAGAUGAGAUUGAAAACCUUCUGGUUGUGACUGCCAAUGAGAUGUGGAAUCAGUUCAACAGAGUGAACAUGGCUUUCACCAAUCGCAUUGCUGAGACUGCAGAUGCUAAGAAUAAGAUCCAGGUUCAUUUAUCAAAGACACUGCAGGAGAUUUUCCAGACUGAGAGGACCAUAGAAUCCAUCAAGAAGGCCAUCAAGGAGAAGUCUGCCUUCCUGAAGGUGGCCCAGACCAGAUUGGAUGAGCGUACAAGGAGACCCAAUAUAGAGCUCUGCCGAGACAUAGCUCAAUUACGCCUUGUUAAUGAGGUCUAUGAGGUCGAUGACACCAUCCAGACCUUGCAGCAGCGCCUGAGGGAAGCAGAGGACACUCUGCAGUUCCUGGUCCACACCAAAGCUACCCUGGAGCAUGACCUGGCUGUCAAAGCCAACACCCUGUACAUCGACCAGGAAAAAUGCAUGGGCAUGCGCAGGAGCUUCCCCAACACCCUCCGACUGGUUGGCUACUGUUAGGGACCCUGCCAAGAGUGGUUUUGAUGGUCCUAAGCAAAAGGAGAACCAGGAUGCUGACUUAGCUUUUAACUGAGUGCUAUAUAUAUUCACAUAUUAAAGCAUUGUAUUGAUAGAAAUAUACCAAUUUCUUGUCUCAGAAAGAUUUUUGUAUGUGUCUAAACCUUAUUUUCUACUAUCUCGUAGGCUUCUGGGUUAUGAGAAAUAGAUAAAGAAGUACAACCAAUUAAUGGAGAAGGUUGGCAAGAUGAUUUGUUAGAUUCUUAUUGUUUUAGACAGCUUUUUUGUGAUUGUGACCACAAGACCAAAUAAGAACAAUUUUAGAGAAGGGAAAGUUUAUUUGCUCACAGUCCACAGAUGACUGGUUCCAUUGCACUGGGCCCAAGGUGAGGCAAAACAUCAUGGUGGAAGAGUGGAGGACAAAAGUAGCUUAGGACAAGACCUCAGGAAGCAGAGAUAGAGCUCCACUCACCAGGAACACCGUAUAAACCCCAAAGGCACAUUCCCAGUGUCUCACCUCCUCCAGCCAUACCCUACCUGCUUAUAGUUAGCACCCACUUAAUCCAUUCAAGUAGAUUAAUGUACCGAUUAGGUUAAGGCUCUCAUAACUUGAUCAGUUCAUCUCUGAAAUGUCUCUUAUUGUCUUACACUUGAACUUUUAAGGGACAUCUCAUAUCUAAACUGUAACACUUAUUAUUCUGUGUAUAACAUAAAUGGGCUGAAAAGCAGGACUGCAUUAUCCGUGAGCCGCCCAGGUCAGGAAUCACAGUGCUGUAGUUUGGAAGUUGAAUGUCCCCCAGAGGUACAUGUGGUAAAGGCUGGAUCCCCAGUGUAGUACUAUUGGGAAGUGGUGGGAUCAUUAGGAGGUAGGGCCUAAUGGGAGGUCCAUAGGUCAUAGGACUGUGCCCUGCCCUUGAAGGUGAUUAUAGACCAGCCUUUUCCUCUUCUUUUCUUUUCUGGCCAAGGGGUAUGCAGUUUUCUUGACCACUUUCUUCCACCCAUUGCCAUCCAGCACCCCAGAGACCCAAAGCAAUGAAUCUGCAGAUCUUGGCCUAGAACCUCUAAAACUGUCACCAAAAUAAACCUUUUCUUUUUAUAAGUUAAUUAUCUCAGGUACUUUGUUAUGGAGAACAAAAGUUUACUAGCACCUCAAAACAGGUUUCAUUUUGAACUCUGCCUCAAAGGAUAUGUAUGCAUAGAGAAGUGGAAAGGCCUUUGGGUAUGAGGUGGUUGGGGUAAUAUGAGCAAAAACAUAGGUAGGAAAACACAAAGUACUUUUGGAACAAUUGUAAGUAGACCAGAUUUUUGUGAUUCAUAUUAUAGGGUAUACACAAAGAAAUAAAAUAAUGUGAUACCUGGAAGAGAAGCAGGCAGGAGACUUUCAACACCAGGUAAAGGUACUGGGGAGCUGAUGUGUGUCUUUAGGCAGGGAAAAUGUCUGCAUGAAAGUAAUGCUUGAGCAAUGAAAGUUUGAAAUGGAGAAAUGACAAUAGAAACAAAGGAGACAUGCAAAAACUUCUAACGAGUCUACAGGACUUGGGAAAUCUUUACAUAUGGGGUGCUAAUGGAUCCAGGAUGACAAAGAGGAGUUGAUGCUAGAUGGGAUGGUAAAAGGGAAAACUGCUUAAAUUUCAGGAGGCCCUAUGGUAUCUCAAAGGUUGUGUUUUAAAAUAACUUUUGCUAUGGUUUAAGUAUGUCUCUCAGAAUUUAUGUACUGGAAACUUAAUCCCCAAGGUCCUAUGUUAAUGGUAUGUUAAAGUGAGGCCUUUGGGGAGUGAUUGGAUCCCGAGGGAUUUGUCCUCAUAAAUGAAUUAAUCCACUCAUAGUUAAUGGAUUAGUGAUUAUUUUUUAAAAAAAUUCCCCACACUAUGUUACUCAGUCAUAGCAACAACAACAAUGAAACAUAGGACAAUUGUUUUUAUUGCAAGUGAAAAACAUUGACAUUGCAAAUGAAAAACAUUGACAUGACAUGUAUUUUUUAAAAAAUAGAGAAAACAAAAAUUCACAUACAAUAAGAUUCUUGAAAAAAAAUUUCCUGAAAAUCACUCAUUAUUACAAUACCCAGAAAUAGUGAAGUUUUUCAAAAUUUUAUUGACUGUUUCAAAAUUUAUCCAUGACUGUUGUUUAGGUUACACAUGAGGUGUCCCUCAAAAGCUCAACCCAAGAAGUUUAGAGGUAAAAUGAUUGGAUUAUGAGGGCAUUAAACUAAUCAGUGCAUUAAUCCCUUGAUAGGGUUUAACUUGGUGGUGACUGUAGGCAGAUAGGACAUAGGAGGACGUGGGUCAUGAAGUGUGCCUUUGGGGUAUAUAGUUUGUUCCUGGUGAGUGAAGCUCUCUUUGCUUUCUGAUUGUCAUGUUCUGGGCUGCCUUCCUUCACCAUGCCUUUCCACCAUGAUGUUCUGCCUCAACUAGGGCACAAGGAAAUGGGGCUAGCUGUCUUAUGGACUGAGACCUCUGACACUGUGAGCCCCCAAAUAAACUUUUCCUCCUCAAACUGUUCUUGUCAGGUCUUUUAGUCACAGCAGUGAAACAGUGGACUAAAACGACUAUAUGCACUAUACUGUUUUAAUCAGUUUUCCUUUGUUGUGACAAAAAAACCUGAUGAGAACAAUUUAGAGGAUGAAAAGUUUAUUUUGGAUUCAUUUUCAGAGGUUCAGUCCAUGAUUGGCCAACUCCAUUGCUCUGGGACUAGUUGAGGCAGAAGAGCAUGGUGGAGGAAAUGUGCUCAGCUCAUGACAGCCAGAAAGCAGAGACAGCAUAAGGAGCCAGGGAGAUAGUCUCCAAAGACACAGCCCCAGUGAUGUAAGUUCACCAGCCACACCCACCUGCCUACAGUUACCUACCACCCAGUGUCCAUUCAAAUUAUUAAUCCAUCAAGUUAUUAAUCCAAAGAUGAGGUCAUAGCUGUCAUAGCUAAUCAUCUAAGCUCUCAAUAUUGCAGUGUUACCUAACACAUGAACUUUCAAGGGAUAUCCAAACCAUAACCUAUACAUAUGUGUGUGCAUAUGUGUGUGUGUAUUUCCAAAGAUAAAUAGUAUAUGAUAUUUAUAUUUAAAUGCAUAAUUAAUAACAUAUUUGGGAUCACACUGCUAAAUGUUGCUUGUGAGAAUUUCUGCAAUUACAGACCAAAGAAGAAAAUUAAAAUCUUCCAUACUUCUUAAUUAACUAUAUAUUUUAAUAUAUGUGUAUUUUAUUUCUCCAUAUUAAUAUUUUCCUCUCAAAAAAUCAAAUCAUACUGAAUAAAGUAGCUAGCUAGCAUUUAUAAAGUACUAAUUGUGGGUCAUACAUACUUCUCAAUGCCUUAAUCACCUCACUUAUCCUUUCUCUGUCUAAUAUACUCCAUCCAUGUUGUUAAACUUUACAACCUUAUUUUAAUGGCUUUUAAAUAUUCUAUUAUAUUGAAGUUCCGGAAUUUUUUAUAACCAUUUCCCUAUUAUUGGAUAUUUAUAUUGUUCCUGUCUCUUCUCUGGCAUAAACAAUGUAGCAAGAUUUAAUCUUACUAGAUAAAAGUUUGGAAACAUUGUUCGUAUUUUUCCUUGGGAUAAGUUUAUAGAUAUGGAAUCCUCAGAUCAAAAUUAUGCAUAUUUUGAAAACGUUUUUCACAAUGUGUUGUCAAAUCGCCCUCCCUGAAGGUCCUGUCAUUCUUCAUUCCCAUCGGCAUGUCUGAGAGGGCUUGUCUUUGUGCAUCUUUGAUAAUCCUACAUUAUGUAUGUUUUACCAUUGAUAAUCUGGCAUAUGUAUCAUUGUUUUAACAGCUAUUGGUUGGGUGACUACUGAUCUAGAAUUCUUUCCAUUUGGCAUUGGUAUUUUUUCUUUUGGGAAUUGCUCAUUCCUCUUAAUGGCCUGUUUUUCCCACUCUUAAUCAUUUUAACCUUCUUUUUAACCUUUUAAAAACUUAUUUAAAGUUUUUUUCCACUUAUUUUUUAAGAGUUGCCAGCAUAUAAAUCAUAUUUUUGUUAUGUGUACUGAAUGUAUAUUCUUUGUCUCUUGCUUUUACAUUUUUUUAAGUACAGAAACAAAAACACAUAAAUGUAUUCUGUAUGAAUUAGACCUUUGUGGUUAUGCUCAGAAAGCACUUUCUCAUUCCAAGAGUAUGUACUUCUAAUUCUUUUACAAUUUCUUAAAUUACACUUAACUAUCUGUGAUCCCUGUUGAAGUGUUGUGGACUGUAUACUAGCUGUGAAAUGG